UCAUAGACAAAAUCAUCUAGUCUGGAGACAGGGUGAAAGAGAGAGAGAGAAGAGCUAUUAUUCAUCAUCAAUGGCUUCUUCUUUUCCCUUCCUUCGUUUGGUCGCCAUUCUAGUUCUUAUUAUUAGUCCAGCAGUGUUAGGUAUUAUAGAACCAGAUAGGUUGAGAGGAAAAAUUAAGGAGCAACAGUUAGGUGAUCGUAUCGUCCGACUACCUGGUCAGCCUCCUGUGAAAUUUAGACAGUAUGCUGGAUACGUUACAGUCGAUGAAGGCCAUGGGAAAGCUUUGUUCUAUUGGUUUUUCGAAGCAUUUGAAAAACCUAAAGAAAAACCUCUCGUUCUUUGGCUCAAUGGAGGACCAGGAUGUUCAUCAAUUGGAUAUGGAGAGGCAGAAGAAUUAGGGCCUUUCUUAACACAAAAGGGCAAACCUGAACUCAAAUUCAAUGACUAUUCAUGGAACAAAGAAGCCAAUUUGUUAUUUUUGGAAUCUCCAGUUGGUGUUGGAUUUUCUUACACCAAUACAAGCGCAGAUAUCAAAACCUUAGGGGAUUCAGUCACUGCGAAGGAUUCAUACACAUUUCUCCUCAAAUGGUUCGAAAGGUUUCCACAUUUCAAGUCACAUGAUUUUUUCUUGGCGGGCGAAAGCUAUGCAGGGCAUUAUGUUCCACAGUUGGCCGAAAGAAUCUUCGAUGCCAAUAAAAAAGCCUCCAAAAAGGAUUACAUAAAUUUCAAAGGUUUCAUUAUAGGUAACGCGUUACUAGAUGAUGCCACUGAUCAAAAGGGAAUGAUCGAUUAUGCAUGGGAUCAUGCAGUAAUUUCCGACCGCGUAUACAAUGAUAUUAAGAAGACAUGCAAUUUUAGUCAGUCGCCUGUAUCAAAUGAAUGCGACACUAAUCUCAACAAAUACUUUGACGUUUAUGAUCUCAUCGACAUGUAUAGUUUGUAUGCUCCGUCGUGUGUUAACGGUACAAGUACAAAGAGACAACUCCGCAAAAUUGAAGGCAUUGCUCCUCAAGCAUUUGCAAAAUUUGCAGGAUGGCAUAAAAGGCCUGCAGGUUAUGACCCGUGUCUGUCAUCUUAUUCCACUGUCUACUUCAAUCGACCUGACGUUCAAAAAGCACUGCAUGCGAAUGUGACCAAAAUCCCAUAUCCAUGGACUCACUGCAGUGACAACAUCACAUUUUGGAACGAUGCGCCAGCUUCUACCCUUCCGAUCAUAAAAAAACUCGUACAAGGAGGACUUAGGAUUUGGGUAUACAGUGGAGACACUGAUGGGAGAAUUCCAGUUACAUCCACAAGAUUGUCCUUGAACAAACUCGGGUUGAAAAUAAAAGAAGAAUGGACACCAUGGUACACCCAUAAAGAGGUUGGUGGAUGGACCAUAAUCUACGAUGGAUUGACAUUCGUGACAAUAAGAGGAGCAGGUCACCAAGUUCCAACCUUCAAACCAAGACAAGCACUAGAACUGAUAUCUCAUUAUCUUGCAAAUGAGAGACUGCCGGUCGCUCCGUUUUAGAGUAUUACUUGGAUUUGUCAUCUAAAAGGAAAACUAAUAAUCAUAUUCUUCUACAUUUUAAUCCAAUUUCCUUAGCUUAAAAAUAAUAUAAUUUGGAACCAAGUUCCUUUUUAUGUAAAACAGAUAUAAAGAAAAAGAAAAAUAUAUCCUAAUUCUAGUUUGUGUUACUUUUCA